GGGUCUAGAGCAUUGCUUGAUGAUACAAAAAUGUAUAAUAUUUGGAACUUAUUUCUCGUGACGGAGUUGCGUUGUGGGUUGGUCUGGUUAAAAGCAGCACCAAUAAUUGUAGUAAAAGUAGCUCCUGUAUGUUUUUCAAUGUAAAUUAAUCUCAAUGUUAUUUUUUAUUGUAGAUUAAACUUCUUUUGCGUAAAUUUGAUACAUCAAACAUUAAAACAAUAUAUCGAAGGUAUAUUCGGAAUAGUUUGGUUAACUCUGAAUACAGUUUGUCCACCAAGGUCAAGGUUAGUUUGGAAUAUUUUUCGCGCCAGAUUUAUUAUGUUAGGAAUAUUUUCAUCGGCUGCCGGUUUUAACCUUAGAGGUUUUCACUCAGCAGAUCAGGUCGUUUAAAAAACCUGAAAAUACUGAUGCCUGGGAUAAUACCAAUGGAGGGUGGCAGUAAGGUAGAAAAAGAGGAAGGAGGAGGCCUUGCAGCAAAUCAGGACAUAACCCCCAGCCGGAAAAUUGCAACUAUCACAGAUUUCUUCAAGAAACCUUUAAAAUCUCAACCAGUAAUAGAGAAUAAAUCAACAUUGCUUGGUUACUUCAACAAGCUAUCCUCACCACCUUGUAAUGGGGGUUUAAAGAGCAAAGAGAGUGUAAGUCAAAGUGCUGGUGGAAUGGUUACAGCUGCUCCAUUAGACAAACCUGAUAAAGAAUCCACCAUGACCAAAAAUGAGGAUGUAGAUUCUUCUGAAUUGAAAGUUGAUAAACAGACAGGCAAGACUAGAUCAAAGAAACUUGCUAAAGCUGUAAAUGGAAAUCAAAAGAACCCUUCAAUAUCAGGUACAAUAGUAUCCGAGAAGGAUGCUCAGCAAGCAAGUGCAUUAGUAAAUGAUAUUUCAGAUGGAGAUGAUGGAUCCCAUCUGACAGUACAUGGAAAGAAGACAAAGAGAAAGAAAGAUUGCAUAACUAAGAAAAUUGAAAAAAAUGACUUGCCUUUUGAUGAUGAUAAAUCCAAAAUAUGCCAGAAGUCUUCAGCUGAAGAACUGACGGAGGUAACUAAGACUGCGUCCAAAGAGGACGUUUGUGAAAUUUCAUACCAGGAUUUUUUGAGCAUGAAUUGUGAUGAUGUAGACUCAAAAGAGAAGAGCAGUCUAGUACUGAACGAGAAUGACAGUGUUAUUGAUGCAGGAGAUUGUGAUAUGGAUUCUGAAAAUGAAAAAGCCAUGGAAGAGGAUGGUUUUAAUUCCUCUCGUUCCCUUUACAUGGAGAUCUCUUAUCAGGAGUUUCUUAAGGAUAAUUCUGUAGAAAGUGCUUCAGGCUCUCCCAUUGAAAGUAAAGAGCAAAAACCACCAUCCAAUGCAGGAGAAGAGGAAACAAAAAACGAAAGUCCGUGUGGUGAUGAAGAGAACAUUAUGGACAGGGGGACAUCUGAAAAGAAACCUCAGCUGGGGAUAGGGAGGUUUUUUAAGAAAACAGGGGAAGGAUCACAGUCCUUUGAAAAGAAGACCAUACACAAACAACUAACUAUAACCGCUGAUGUGCAUUCUUCUGUAUCUCUAUCAAGUAUCAAAAAAGAAAAGAAAAAGAAAACAAAACCCUCAGAAACUAGUGAAUGUAGUGAAAAAAGUGAUGGUUCCAGUCCAAGAAGUGGAAAAAGAAGAUCAAAUGUAAUCGCUGAAGAAAAUGAUCUCGAUUUAGAAAUCAUUCAACUUGGCACCUAUGAUAUUGCCUUGGACAAAAAGGCACGAAACAUUCCUGUUGAUGAAAAUAAAGCUACCAGAGACCAAAAAGAUGUGGCUUGUAUGCCUAAUGAUUCCAGUAAAAACAUAUUACAAGGAGAAAGCCAUGACUCGAGUGAAAGCCAAGUAAAACAGAUUAGCGAAAGUGCCAAAGCUUUCCUGAGUUCCAAGUCUACAGCACCAGUCAGUCAAAAAUCCACUCAAGCUACCAUUAUGUUCACAGCUAAGGGAUUUCAGAUGGGAGUCGUAAAACCAACAAAGGAAGAGACUGCAGAGAAUGAUGUCAAGAAGAAUUGCACUGAAAAUAAUGAUUCCCAAGACAAAGUUAAAAGAAAUAGUAAAGAAACCUCUUCCACCAAAAAAGGUAAAAAAUCUAAAUCAGCAACUCCACAAGAGGAGGAAGAGGUUUUGCUCAUGACACCACUAAAGACAAAUGAAUCUACGAAGAAUGAGAAGUCCAUUUAUGUGAAUAGUGAGGAUUCGAAUGCCACACCCUUAAAAAGAAGGGAAACUGGAAAAAGAAAGCAUGAUGUUCAGAUCUCAGCAACUGUCAGAAUGGGAAGCUCACAGAAAAAGAAAAAAAUUGGCGAUGACAUUGUGGUUGCAACACCUCCGAAGAUUGUGAAGAAAAUGCACAAUAUGACAGGGAAUAAAUCUGUGGAUGUUAUGACAACACAUGAUAUAGGCAUGUCGGUAGAUGAAGAUUCACAUGACUCUACCCCAAGGAAAACUCCAUUGCGACAGACAAAGAGCAGUUUAAAACCAGACUCCACCAAGAAAAAGGCAUUAAAAAGUGUUUUCAAGGCAAAAAUGAAUAAGAAAAAAGAUGGUGGCCUGAAAAUGACCAUCACAAGGGUGAGAGGAAAAAAUACUGAUUUGGAGGAAGAUGCAGUAUUUACCCCAAAGUCUUCCAAAAAUGCAAACAUUAAAGCAAAGAUCAGUAUCCAGCAAAAGAAUAAAGCUCAAGAGUUGCUCCAAAAAGCCAAAACUAAAUCCACUAAAAUAAAAUCUAAGCAGAAAUCCAAAGGUGGCAAAAGUGCUCACAAUGAAGAAAAAGUAUGUGGUGUACGCCGUUCGUCCAGACACAGUGCUCAGUUAGCCAACCAAGCAUUGUUGCAAGAGUCAGAGGGAAAGAAGAGCACAAAACGGUCAAAGUCAAAAGAUGGCAAGGAAGAAGAAAUUACUGUUAUCAAAGUAAAGGAUAAGUGUUCCAAGCCAAAACAAGGAGAUACGCCUAAAAAGAAAACUCCCAAGAAAGCAGUUAAGCUUGCUUCGAUCUUUCAACCAAGACGAGAUGCCAAAGAAAAGAAGCCAGAGGAGAAACCAAGAAAGAAACUCACCAAGGAGGAGGAAGCAGCGCUGCAGGCCAGAAGACAGUUUCUCUUGAGCAGUGUCCCAGAACCCCUAAAGAAGCAGUCAUCUCUUGGUGCUUCCACAGUUGCUGCCGAUUACCCUCCUUUUCCAAAAGACAACCAUGUGCAGCAGAAAAUUUAUACUGCCUCAGAGGUUCAACAUUUUUGGAACCUUUCUACUCCACAGUUGCCUGUAAAGUUUCGUCCCCCAAAUUGUGAAUUUAAUAGAGUUGAUGAGACAAAGCCUUUGACAACCGGCAUGUUUUCAGAAAUAAUUGACCUUGGUUAUAAAAAGGUAGACCAGAAUUUUGUAGGCCACAGAGAAUUGGGUGAAGAUGUUGUUAAGGUCAUACUAUCAGAGAUAGCUGCAGCAAACCAGGGAUUUCCUGUGAAAAGAGUGUAUAAGUCAUAUCUCAGCAGACGCCAUAUACCAGAACCAGAUGCAGAAACAGAUAAGGAAAAGAAACAAGCAAAUGGUGGAGCAAAGAGCAAAAAAAGAAAGCAACCUGAUACUGAGGACGCUGUGGAAGUUGAGUCAAACAAUAGGAAGAAGAGGAAAAAAGACACCACAGGCUCUUCUCCCUCUCUACACAAGGAGGGCAGGAGUUCCAGAAGAAGAUCUAGCAGGUUACAGACCUCCACAAGUGAUCCUGAAGAAACUGAGGCCCUUAGAUACGAAAGGGACUCAUCCAAAGAAAAUGACUGUAUUGUUUUAGGUGACAGUCCAGAGAAACCUAAAGUUCCUGCAAAAAUGGACAAUGAAGUGGUAAAUGAAAAGGAGUUGAUGUGGACUGAGAAGUACUUGCCAGCGAAUGCGGCAGAUGUCAUAGGUAACACCAGUGUUGUGGCUCGCCUCAAGACCUGGCUAAUGGACUGGAAACACAGAAUGGACAGGGAUGCCAGGAAACUGCAGAAGUUGAUGCAGAAAGAAGCCAAACUAAAGAAGAAGGCAGAUUUAAAGAACAAAGAAAUCAAAGAAGGCUCCCAAGAUUGGUGGACAGACGAUGAAAGUGAUUUCGCUGUGAGUGACACUGCAGAAAGUGAUUAUGAAGAAGAAAACUAUUGUAACACUAUGCUGAUUCAGGGGCCACAAGGAGUGGGCAAAACUGCCACAGUACAUGCUUUAGCCAGGGAACUAGGAUAUAAGGUGUUUGAAGUGAAUGCCUCUGCUAGACGCAGUGGUAAGCACAUUAUUUCUCAGCUGCAGGAGGCCACGCAGUCACAUCAGGUGUGCAAGAAAAAUCUGGAGAAAAAUAACGACCCUUUCACCAUGGCAACUGGAGAUAGUGCCUCUACAACCAAAAUAACAUCCAAACCAGAGAAGAAACUUCCUACCACAUUUGCCAACUUCUUUAGCAAGGCUUCUGGUGCACAAAAUAAAGAAAAACACCUUGAUGCCAGUGGCAGCGGGCAAGGCAAAAAUGAGAAAAAAGCGAAUUCAGUUUUACUGGGAAGAAAGGACGGAGCUAAGGAGAAAACCAGUAAGAGGACAGAAAAGCAAGAACCAAGAGUUGUUCACAAUUCUCCAAGAAAAUGCAAAAAAUCAGACCAAAAGCAAGGCAAGGAUGGGAUCCCCAUGGUGCAGUCACAAACAGGGUCAUCGCAGGAAGGUGGAACAAAAAGGGGACUUAACUUGUCAAAGGCAUCUCUUAUUUUGUUUGAAGAGGUUGAUGUGGCUUUUGAAGAAGACAAGGGUUUCUGGGCAGCGAUCCAAACCAUAAUGGAUACCACCAAGAUCCCCAUUCUCCUCACCACCUCUGAUGUCAACUUUUCGGAUAAGUUUGAAGGAAAAUAUGAACAGCUGGUAUUUAAGACACCUUCGCUGAAAAAUACUGCCAGCUACCUACAGGUUAUGUGCCUUGCUGAGAAUCUCAGGACAGAUUACAGCGACAUUUACAGUCUUGUAGAAUUAUAUCAUGGAGAUAUUCGUCAAACCAUUUUGGCUCUCCAGUUUUGGCUGACAUCUGGUGGGGGAUUAAAGCAAGAGGAAAGUAGCUUUUCCAUUAAAAAACUGGUAUCCAAGGGACAUGAUCAAAUUUGUCUUGAUAACUCAAAACUGGAAACAGAUGAUGAUUUUGAUGUGACAUUUUCUAGGAAAAGAAAAUUAAAGAAAGUGCCAAUCAUUGAAGAGGAUUCUUCAAGUAGUUUACCUUGUAUGCCAAUACAAAAAUUACCUCCAGAAGUUGUAACAGAUAAUAGCAGUACUCAGUUCCCAGAGGACACCCAAGAUACAACAGAACUGAAUAUUACAAAUGUGAACUUACCACUAAUACACCUGAACUGUUUGGAUUCUGUGAUGGGAAUUAAUGAGUUUAAUUUUUCUGGACAAAAUUUGAUCAGCUUCAUGAAGGAAGCAGGUAACAUUUACAGCAAAGAAUCAAUCCUUCACAUUUUUGAGCAUCUUGGUAUUGACAUUAUCCAAGCAAAUAUUGCCCCCCUAUUACCUUUACCAAAGACAGAAUGGUCAGCACCAUCUUAUGAUGUCCAGUUACUCAUGCCAAAUGAAGUCGAGAUGGACAAGAAGAGGAAAAGAAUGUUAGACGAUGUAUUUGACUGUGAGGGAUCAGACUUUUCGACUUUGUCCACUGAUAGCACAUCAACCUCAAAGGAGUCACAUGAAAGUAGGGGACCUGUAGGCGAAAAAAGUGACAAAGAAGCCCUUGUACAAAGUGACAGCACAGAAAGAAACCCACGGGUCGAUGUUCUAUUAAACCAAAGCAUACAAGCUUUUUCAGAUUACUAUGACAAUUGCUCAUACAUGGAUUCUUAUAUGGUCUUACACAGGGGAGCCUCAGCAGACAGACUGGACUGUCAUCCUUAUCCAGGUUUAGAAUUUCAAGGUCUUUUGGACAAGAUGCCAUCUUGCUGUGAUGAAUUCAAAGAACAAAGCAAAUGCACUUUGGAAGAUCUGGUCGUUUCAAGCAAGUUGGCAAGUUUCCAGAAUUUGUCUCGGGGACUAUCACAGGUGAUGGCUGGAGUGAAGAGUCUUAAUGCUGCUGACCAGGAGUUAGCCCUGUCCACGGUUCAGAUUCCUGCUGAGUUACCAGUUAGACCAAACACCAUCAAGUUAAAAGAGGUGACCAAUGCCCAGCUCAGUUGUACUCUUGGAAAGAAGAAAGCUACAGAGAACAUCAUGUCCAGUCUUCCAACCUAUUUACUAAGUCAGAAGACAGCUGUUGCUAAGGAUUAUGUUCCUAUGUUGAGAACAGUGUGCAAAAUGGAGCAGUUUAGAAAGUCUGCUAAAGCUAAAAGAAGGUUCUUUCAUUAUCUGGAUUCCAUUGGUCUUCAGCUGAAGCAGUCUACCAUAGAUACUUUGUGUUCAAGUUUUUAGCACAGCAAGCUGUUACGUGAACAUUUACAGAAGGAAUUUGGAGAGGGGGGAUGGAUGGUGCACUUUUCUUUCAGUAAAAAUACACAUUCUGUUGAGAUAUAUUUGAUAAUAUCUUUAACAUCUAUUGAAAAAGGUACUAGGAGAAAAAUCCAGACAAGCAGCUGAUCUUAUCUCAUUUCCCCAAAUGAAGGGGCAAAAUUUGUCAAGGACAUGCUAGUAUGAAAAAAGAAGUGGUACUGCUCGUAAGAACUUUUUAAAAUUAAUUGUAUGAAAUACUAGCUGUAUAUAUGCAUGUAGCAGGUCUGCAGUCAGCAAUUUUUUUAUUCCAAAAGGUGAACCUUUUCACCAUAUUUACAAUAUUACCAUAUUAAUGAAAAUUGGCUUGAAACAGACCUUUCCCUUUCCAAAAGGGUGUUUCAUUUACAACCACCUCUCCUGCCUACAGGCCUAUGUAAAUUGAAAUUAUCAACUAAUUUGAAAUGAUACAGAUUUUAUUUAAUAUUUAAAAAUGCAUAGAAUUUAUGCCUGUAAAAAAGAGGAUUUAAUAUGACUUAAAUGUAUAUUUUAAUAAUUGGUGUGAUAUAUGUUUUUUUUUUUAAAUUAAUGAAUUGGUGUGAUAUAUCUUUGUUUUUUUAAUUUUAAUUAAAAUGAGUGAAAUCUGCAUUUUGGCAGGGCUUGUUAGCAUGCAUUUUUGUAUUAAUAUGGAAAUAAAGGGCAUUUACUACUGGA